AAGAAUAUACGAAAUAAUGCCCUGCUUUAGCAAAGAUAGCAGCUCUCAUUUGGGCGCUCUGAAAGUUGUUUCUUGUUUGUCACUUUUUUCCAUCGCGCUAGUAAAAGUUGUGCCUCUACUAGUACAACUAGGCUAAGAAAACAUGAGGAUGCAACAGAAGGCCCAUGUUCUUGAGCGCCACAGUGAUGACGUUAUCCGGUGGAAAAAAGCUUUCUCUCUUUUGACUCGUUGAAGUUGCAGUUGCAGUUGCAAGUAGAGCGAAGCAGACAUUGCUUGAUGCGCCUUCCAAGGAGAUGCAUUUUCGAACAGUGUAGUUGGUUCGCCUUCGCAGGCUCCCGUGCAAGAAGAAUUAUGCCACUGCGUUUGUUACGCUCGACCGACUGCGCUUUCGGCAAAAACUUCUUCAACAACGCGGCUACAAUUCUUUAAUUUGCAUCUACUGCACCGCAAAGGCGAUGAACAACAACAAGGCAUAUGAUAUAAAUAUAAUUAUUAUAGCUUCACCUUCGGCAACUUCCAAGGAUUUCGAUUUGAAUGUGUGCAAAAGUUUUUUCCACAGCAUAGGUCUCGCCUCGCACGAGGUGGACGCGCAGGGUGACGUGAGCCACCACCUGGAACACACGGAUGAGCCGGUGGGGGAUGACGGGAGCAUGGGGAAGUCGCGGGACGUGACCGACUUCUUCACGGCCGGGGACGUGAAGCCCGUGGAUCCGCUGCGCCUCAAAAAGAAAACAGACCACGAUGUGGAGUUCGAGGGAGAUCUAUCAAAAUGAAAAAUGCCCCCUCCCCAUAUCAAAACGGAAAUUUGUGAUGCGGGAUCAUUUAUUGUGUACACAAAUCAGAUUUGUCUUGCAGUAGAGGACUGCGCGCAGAUUGCAAGCCUAGGCUGUAGGGGCCUUUUGGUGUAGGCGCCUCGCAUGGCAGACGUCUGCUCUGUAGGCGUUCUUACAGCGUCACAAAUCGCCCACAUAGAAGCGCGGCGGACUUUCUGAGUUUGCCUCUUUGCGAGACAGACAGGAUUGGUGGUCUCAGAUCUGCGUCACAAAUUUUCAGGCAAAUGCUUUUUCAACAUGGGGAGGGGGAUUUUUCCCCACAAUAAGAUCGUGAACUGGACUCCGACGAAUGCCUCGAUGAGGACGGGAUCAUCCAGAAGAAAGACGCUUACAACGCCGCGAAGCUGCUGCGGGACAACGAGGCGGCGGAAGCGGCCGCACUUGACACCACGACCACCACCACCACGACCGCGAAGAACAGUUUCGGGUCGCUGUCGGGGGGCUCCUGCGGCGUAUGAAUUGCAAAUGUGUAGUCUGGGUCUCCUGGAGAGACGCAACGAAUUUUUCUUGCUGAGUAUGCAUGGCCGACCGAUGAUGUUUUGUGUGGCGUCUACGCAUGACAAGUUUAUUUUCGCUUGGUAUUUUUGCGAGUUCUAGUAGGUUCGACCGCUUUUUGCAUGACAAACUGGUUUCCAGCACGACAAAUAAUCUGGCCCAUCGUAUGUAGUGAGGUCACGAACGUUCUAUCCUAGCGGUUUUUUUGACAUGCAGCACGCAAAACGACCGGCAGUUACUAAGCGGGCGGAAGUGUUUUUGGAUAUAAAAAAUUUUCAAUUAUCAAGCGGCCGGGGCUUUGCCAUCAAACAAGCCCGGUCGAAAGCUAUCGAUUCCCGCUUGAUAAAACGACGCAGGGGAGCCGGCAAAAGAGGCGCCCUUCUCAGGCGCCCACCGCCUUAGUUUCUGGCGAUUUGGGGCGCCCAAAAGGGGGCGCCCAAAAAGCAGCACUCCGAAAAAAACAGCGAAUCCGCAUAGUAUGGGCCUCAUUUUGGCCCACAUUCGGGCCUCGCAAAAGAGGCCACCAAAAUCCGCCACUUCAGAGGCGGACUGAAGGCCAGGAGAUGCGGCAUUUUGCCAAAAAGAAAACAAAAAAACAAAGUCCGCCAAAAAGAAAAAGCCAAUCCGCAUGCUAUGGGCCCGAUUUGGGGCUCCCAAGGGGCCGACCCUUGCGGGGGCCCUUGCGGGGCCAUAGCAUGCGGGGAAGGUUUUUCGAUUCGAAACCAAGUGGCGGCCUGUUCUGGACCGACAUUUUUAGCGACCGCCGUGCCGUCGUGCGUAACAUUACUCACGAUGGCAUGGUGGGCAGAGAAGUCGUGCCAUUUUUUGGCAUGAAGACAAAAAAACCGCCAUGACCUCAGUACCCCCGCGGACGCGGCUAUUAUUGGUAUUCAUGCAUUUCAGAUCUCGCUGUUCUUCAAAUUUCGCAUCACAGAUCCAGACCCAACCACAUUUGCAAUGCAUACGGCGGCUCCUCCGACGAUCUUGCGUCCGAGGAUACGGUCCUGGCGAAGAACGCGACUAAAUACUCCGACUUGCCGAGUUAUCCACUUCAAAUAUGUCUGGGUCUGGAAACUUGUGAUGCAUGUCAGUGAAUAGAAACAGAAAGCACAUGACUGUAAUGCAUCGCCAAGCAUGACAAAUGUUUCCGUGGCUUUGUGUUACGUAUUUCGCACGAGUUACAGCGUUUUUGCAUGACGCCAGAUGAGCUCUUGCUGGCCACGCAACACAGAGCUCAGUGUUAUGCCAGACUAGCAUAGCAAAUCUCGCAGUCUUCCAGGCCCAGACAUAUUUGCUUUUGAUACGAGUUACGGUGAGAAGGGUGAACGCGAACUGGAGGACGACGAGUGCCUGGAUGACGAUGGGAUUAUCCGCAAGAUUUCCGACGUACCAAGUGCAAAUGUGUGUGGGUCUGGAAGCGGAAGAUUGCAGAGUUUUGUCAUGCCGUCUUUGCAUCACACAGAAGGUCUGUCGUGCAAGCCCUAAGAAAUCCAUGCUUUUUCUUUGGGGGGCCGCAAAAAGUGACACGGUUAUGCUGGUUGCGCAAGACGAUUUUUUGUAUCAAUCAAGGCCUAGCUACAUCACAAGCUUGCGUCCUUCCAGAGCCAGUAGACACAUUUGCAAUGCAUACGACGUCCAUGCGUUGUUGGACGAAAACAAGAGUGUCACCGGAACUAUCGGGGGCAAAAGUAUCGUACUCGAAGUGAUGACCACAAAGAAACAUGCAUGUGAUGCUGCUUUUGGCGUGACAAGUUGCCUUUUGCAUCUACUUGGAAAAAUUACUUUUAUGCAAAAUGUGCUGGUACUGGUGUGGUGCUAGUACGACUACGACCUUGCUUUUGUAAUGCAUAGAAACCAUCGCGACCACCACCACGACUACUUCUACUAUGGCGAGUUACGGGCGCGAGGGCGACUAUGGAACUGUCAGGAUCGAAAUCAACAAAAUCGAAAUAGUUUGUGAUGCAUAAAAUCGAUACCAGUUGGAGCCUCAGUGUCCAAGUGGCGCAUGACAAAUUUCGGGAGUGCCAAAAUCCAGCCUGUCAUGGUGCUUGGGCAAAGAAGAUUGCUCCUGUCAUGGUACUCUGGCAGCACAUCCUCUUCCCCUAAACAGCCUGGCAAUCGUUACCAUUUGCCUGCUCUCCAACGCAGGCCUUACGUGCCCUACAUUUUAUGCAUUACAAAUUUUUUGAUUUUGUCGUUUUCGAUCCUGACACCCCCAUAGCGACCGUGAGCUCGACUCUGACGAGUGCCUGGACGAUGACGGGAUCAUCCGUAUCCUGAGUAAAAACGUCCCCACACCAGAGUUGUAAUGCAGAUUUGCAAAGACAGGAAGACUUGUAAUGCGCAUCCCCAUGAGAGCCAUUUCCAAUCGUGUUUUGGAAUUUUUGAUGGUGUAAAAAGGAUGAGCAGAUGAAUCUGUGAUGCGGCUGCACUUGCUAACCUGCACUACACUGCAGAGUGCAACUUGUCAUGCGUGUCAACCGGGGUGGCGGCGUCUUUGGGUUGAUCAACUCACCCGAAACACAAUGCCAUUCCCGCAGUAGCACAGUCUGUUUAUGUCAUGCGUGACUCACAAAACUCCUAGGUUUGUGUUGCAAAAUCUCCAUCCUGACUCUGGUGUGGGUACGUUUUUACUCAGGAUCAUCCGCAAGAAAGCCGAUGUCGAUGCGGUCAAGGCGUUGCUGCCCCACGGUAAUUAGUCAUAAGUAUUUGAUUUAAUGAUAAUGGCUUCGUCUUCCUCUUCUCUCGCAUGAGCAUGACAGAUAUUUGUGUGAACCACCGCGCGGAUCACGAACUACGACUUAUUUAAUAAAAUGUACUUAUCUACCACCAAAUGCAGGUAAUAGCACCGACGCCUUCCUGAACGACAACCACGGCAACUUGUCCGCUGCGGGUAUAUUUGCCUUUAUCCAUUCUAUCUAAGAAUAAGAUAUCAGAUCUAUACCCACAUCCAACCAGAAAAUCCAGAUGCGCCUCGUUUGCGUAUGCAUAUUGGCCACGGUUUCUUUUUUUGGUUCCACCGACGGACAACCGCGUGCUUUAAUCAUCAUUCGCUCCAUGUAUUCAUGAAAUUGUUGAACAAAACUUCAACGUGCACCAGGUGAAGCAGACCACGCCAAGGGUUCGAUCGGCUUCAAUUGGCAGGGCGGUGUGGGGAUCGGCGCCGUGGUGGUGCUGUUGUGCCUGUGCUUGGCCUUCAUGCUGCGGCGGCGGCGCAGCCGCCCGGCCGCUGGGGCCGCGGGGGAACCGACCGAGGACAUCUACACGGCCUACGGUACCGCGACCUUGUAUGGAUGUGUCAGAGUUGAAAUCGACAAAGUUGAGAUAAUUUGUCAUGCAUAAAAUGGAUGCCAGUUGGAACCCAGUUUCCAAGUGGCGCAUGACAAAUUUCGGUGGUCCCUAAAUCCAGUUUGUCAUGCUGUUUAGGCAAAGAAGAGCGCUUCUCUCAUGCUACUUUAGCAGCUCGAGCUGUAGCCCCAAACAGGCUUACAAUCGGCCGCACUUGCCUGCUCUGCAACACACGUGCCGCGGGUCAUGCAUUUUAUGCAUUACAAAUUAUUUCAACUUUGACGAUUUCAAACCUGACGCUUCCAUACCUUGGGGACCGCGGCGAACGCGGCCGACCGGGACUAUCCUGAGUAAAAACGUACCCACACCAGAGUCAGGAUGGGGAUUUUGCAACACAAACGUAGAAGUUUCGGGACUCAUGCAUCACAAGUACAAGCCCGUACUGUAGUGCAGGUUAGGAUGGGCUAACGCAUCACAAAUCCAUCUGCUUAUCCUGGUUACAGCAUUACAAAUGCCAAAACACGACUAGCAAUUCCGCUCAUGGAGAUGCGCAUUACAAAUGUGCCUGUCAGUGCAAAUCUGCAUGACAUGGCAAGUUGGCACAGUGUUUGCUGCUGCUGACCUCCGCGCAGAUGUUCGCUUCGCUGCCAAUGUGGGCCAAGCGCUUGGGGACUUACUUCCCUGCCCCUCCGUGCUCCUUUCGCGUCCCCGAGUCGAUGUUGUCGGACUACUACUUACAAGCAACCUGCGUGACGCCGCGGUAUGCCGCAUUUUGACGAGUAUGAUUUGGAGAUGGCCGGGAAAGGUAAACUUUUAUGCUGCCCCGGCCGACAAGGCAGCUCCAUCGUUGGCGGCGACCGUCCCGCCUAUUGUCGUCCGAAGCAACAUUCUCGACCUUGCGGCCAAGGACGUGGGUGUUUCGUGGCCGGUGCGCGACUUCGAGAUCCCCUUCGACUUCAAACUGGUCGAUGAAAAACUGUCUUUGCAGCAUAUCCGGAACCGCGUGAAUGCGCGGUGUAAGACAAUCCUACAGAAAACUACUAGCACUGGCUCACGCACCGGCGGACCCACUCCGUUUGUUGAUCCGGCGGCAUUAACGACAAACACAGGCGCAUUCGAUUCUGCACCUGUCUGUCAAGAUCCCUCCGCGCGGGUACUCCCGUCAGCCUCUGGUGAUGAUGCUGGGCGCUUGGCUUCCCUGAAGACCGGUGUCGUCGUCCCUGUGCAUGACAGUUCCUUCAGCUACGACCCGGCACUCAUUGUCGAUUCACAGGUAUCGGUAGAUGCCGCUCUCUGCGAUAUGCCUCCAUGCGGUUUGGUGCCACCAGUUUCUGCCAAGGGCACGACGAGCGGCGCGACGCCAAAAUCCCGGCAACGGGUUCGUGAUGGCCGCGAACCUACCGCUGCGGCCGUCGCUACCUCCACCAAACGGAAACUGGUGACCACUGCUGGCGCUGCGUCCGCUACCACCCCCAAGACGCGCAAAAAGGCGAAGACAAUGGCUGCGACCCCUGCCCACCCUGAGGAGCUCCCCCUGGCGCCGGCCCGGUCGUGAAGAUUGUAUUCCUACUCGGGCAUGGGCUUUUUUGUGUCCGUGCUGAUGAUGCCAAAGGCUGUCUGCGACUACAGUCAAAUUGGAUAAUUGUCUUUGAGUAACUUAAACCCAGAAUAUUCAUACAUGAUUUUGCAGUUCUAGACACAAGCACUAUUUUUUUUUGCUUGGUCAUUUUGUCGGUACCAAAUGUAUAUUAUUCUUUGUUGCACGCGAUGACCUGUUGACGAUCUAGGACAGUCAGUGUGACUUAUUAUAUGUGCUGGCUCUGGCUGGACAGUUCUACCACAGGCUCUCGUUCGUCCUCGAGCCUUUACAAAGUUCUGCCUGAAGGUGCGUGUCAGCGUGCCUGCUCUUCGAUUCCUUUUUACAUGCUGAAACUGCAGAGUUGAAAACUCACUUGUGCUGUAAUUUGUCGAGACGCCGCAGCUGAGCUAUGAGUAGGCGCGUGGGAGGUCGCGUUGUAUGUGAGGCCAAUGGACUGCACAGGAAAGUCGAGGCGUGACUCGAGUGCGGAGUGCGCCUUUUAUCCAUUUGUGUACUUUCGUCGUCCGGAUUUAGCCAAAGUGAAAAACACCGCAGUGCCACAUGAUCUUCGACACCAUCACAAGCGCAGCCGGCCUGGGCGGUGUCUCGUUCAUGAUCCCCUGCCCCACCGUGGUGUUCAGCUGAUGAACCCUAGCACAAGGCGCUAACGACUUCUGAUGGUAUAUCAAACCUGCUACUACCGCCGUGCCCUCCGUCGACUUCUUGGUGCCCCUACUGGACUUCCAGCUAUGCAUUCAUCGACGUGGAGUAAUGUAUUUUAAAGUUAGGCACGGACACUGCUAUUUAUAUUGUGGUUUGUCAUUCUGUUAUUUCUUGCAUGCGCUUGAUUUGGCUCUUCUUUUUGCCUCUGUCUGUCUCUUUGGUUUCGCCUUCGUCUUCGUCCCCCUUCUCCUGCUGUUUCUUCCCGGCCUACCUUCUUUUGCUUUUUUCCCCUCCUUCUUCUUGCUUUUCUUCUGGUUCGCGCUUCGUUGGCUUUGGCCCUCUCUGUGUCGUUGUGCGCCCUGCGCUCCUUCCCUGUCGUGCGGCCGUGUGGUUUCUCCCUUGCUUUUCGUGGCUGGUCGUCUUGUUCUGCUGUCUUCCUCUGUCGUUCCUUUUCGUAAUUUUUGUCUAGCAUGACAAACCACUACUAUCCAGCAGUGUCUGUGUUAUUUUCCACAUCAUAUUAUUCCCGGCCCUAGUGUAUGAGUUGUUCUACCGCUGACUGCCUGGUGCUGGUUGCUGCAGUUCGUGCUCAUCGACCUCGUGCGACCCUUUUCAACACCCUGUUGCAGCUACGCGCGAUGUUGGACUGCUUUCUCCUUCUGUACGACCACCUGCGUCAACUGUGCGGAUUGCGGGUGCAUCGACCCCCACCCGGGAGUGCAGAUGGUCCUGGCUUCGACACCACGAUGUCGGCCGAUCUCACGAUAGGUCUGCUCGCGGUGCUUUAUCCAUUGCCUGCCCUUGUUCCACAUUUUGCACUACGCCUGAUCCCGAUUCUGCUGUGGGUUUGCCGGCGAGGGCUGCUUCCGCGGGGCGACAUCAACCUCGUCUACGACCAGUGGGGCUCAACCGACCCGCUCCCCCCUAGUCCAAAAAUUCUAAGUGUAAUAAAAAAAAAAUUAUUAUUAGUCGUAAUCACAGUCUGAGCUUUUACCUUGUGCUGCGUGGCCGACUUUAUUUUUAUUUACCUUAGCUCGGGGCCGCAUCCCUGUUGCUUCCCUUCGCCUAUUCUCGUUUUCAAAAAAAAAUAAAAGUAUUUCUUUCUGUUCUCGCUUGCAGUACAUUGACUCACGUGUGGAUCUAUCUACCAUUAUUUUGCUGUGGGCCGCACCCCACUACUUAUUUUGCCUACCUUCCCUUGCGGGCCGCAUCCUGCUAUGCUAUAUGCUUCUUGACCUUUAUCGUCGGCGCCGGCACUUUUAGUUAGCUUUUGAUUUGUCUCUCAUUCGUUGUUCGGGGCCGCAUCCCCUCUUUUCGUUCACCUUUAGCCUUUCAGCUUUGGUGCUGGACUUCGGGCCGGGUGUCCCUCGCAUUUUCUUUUUUCUAUUUCCUAUUAUUGUAUCUAUGAUUUAACUUUUCUUGAAGGGCCGCAUCCCUUCUAGUUAUUUUCCUUCACCAGAUCUACAGGUAGUUUAUGCGUGAUCCCUGGUUUUCCGACUGAGCACUGUUUUGCAUGCGUCAGGAAAACCGCCUUGGGUGCUGUUGCACUGGAGGACGUGUUAUAUGUCUCGGGCGCACGUACAUACUAGCCUGCAGGGACGGCGGAGCCGGAAAAAAAUUGCGAAGUAUGGUUGGUGGCGAUAACAGAGUUGGAAUAUAGUGGCCGGGAGAUGAUGGUGAUGGCACUUUGGUGUCCGCCUGACCCACCCUCCCUGCGUCUCAAGCCAUCUGCGGCCAUGGCACAAUGGGGGGGCAAAGUGUGUCGCAUUUUGUUUAGCAUGACAACUCUGGGGUGGGGACGUUUUUACGCAUGAUAGGGACUCGACCUUCAUCAUCGACUCCCCGGUCUCGCAGCAGGGGUGAGCAGAUGAACGGAGUCUCGGUGAAGUGAGACAGAGAAGAUGAAGGUUGCGGGGUUUCUUGGUCAGGAGAACGUCCGGGGGUUAGGGUUUAGAAAAAGUUGAUUGAAAAAUAAUUGCGUUAGAAUGCAAGAGAACGAAGAGCAGAAUAUUUAUAAACGAAGUAAAAGUGGUCCUGCGUCAGGUGACAUUGAAGGUAUCCCACUGAUGUGCCCUUGAAACAACGUAUCAAUCUUGUUUACUACUACAACAGCAGACGAAUUUCAUCAGACUUCAACCAGAAAAAGUUGCACACCAUUGAGAAUUAGCCGUGCUACGAGAUGUUUUUGCGCCGGCGUAAAACUAGAAACAGACGAAUGGACAAAUUAAUAACUUUCUGGAGGUACAUUUGUUUCUUACGAUUAUGUUUCACUUUCAGUUUUGUCUUGUUACAGCUAUUGUUUGGCAGAUUUUAUUUGACUUUCACAAUUGCAUUUUCAUUCUUGUACGAUUUGUUCUUGUUGCAGAAAAGUUUCAACCAAGUUAUAUUGUUUUGCUUUACCAGUGUGUUUACCUCUAGCUCUACCUUAUCAAUUCGAGACAGGUGUCUUCGAGUACCGCUGUAUAUCACUCACGAGAUGGGCAAACUACAAAAAACAUCAGGAUUUGGAUGAAAUUCUGCGCAGCUACUGUACACUUCGCAGAAAACAGUGUCUAUGAUUGUAUGCUAAGUGGUGUUAAAAACAAG